AUGUACGGGCAACUAUGGCAUGGCCUGGCGGCCAUUGCUACCCUUGGGAGUUGCGCCCUUGCCAAUCCCCUUGUAUACUGGGAUGGGCGAGGAAAUGCAAGCAUGAACUACGAGCACUUCAUGGCGAGAGAUACUGCCGAUUUCGAUCAAUCAGAUCUUUCAUUCAUCACGAGAAUGGCCGCCAUCGGCGACUCUUACUCGGCUGGAAUAGGCGCAGGUAACCGGAUUCAAACUGAUGCCGAUUGGGCUUGCAGUCGCUAUGAUCACUCCUAUCCCUAUCUCAUUCAUAACGAUCCACAGCUGGGCGACCCAGCAGCAUGCACUUUUCAGUUCGUGUCCUGCUCUGGUGCAGUCACAGCCGAUGUCCUCGACAAACAGAUCCCUCAAAUCAGCGGGAGCCAGCAAGUCAUCUUGCUAUCAGUCGGGGGUAAUGAUGCUGAGCUCUCAAGCAUCCUAAACCAGUGUAUCUUUGGAUGGGCCGCCUUGGCCCCAGAGACAGUGAAGUCGGCAAAGGAAGCGGCUCUGAAACACCCAGAGUUUGCAUGGGCGGCGAAUUUUGACUGGGACUCGUUAGGUCAUGGCUGUGAGAAGCAGUUGGCUCGCACAAGAGACAUCAUUGCUGGGAAUACCUUCAGCAGAAGCUUGGAUUCUGUUAUUGAGGCAGCAAAGAAAAAGCUAAGUCCAGAUGGGAUGAUUUACUACACCGGGUAUGCCAAGUUCUUUGCAGAAAGAUCUAUCACCGGCAAAAUAGCCAGCUUAUUUCAGGGCGCACAGAAAUUGACGAGGGCUAAUCGGAAGAUAAUGAACGACCUUGUCGAUGCCGCCAACGCGCAAAUUUCGGCUGCAGUCAAGAGAGCCGGCUCCCAGGUCAAGUUUGUAGACUACGACUCUUGGGUGGGCCAUUUCAAUGGCCGGUUCUGUGAAAACGGUGUCGACGAAUCAACAGUCGAAAGCAACACAAGAACUGGUCUCAUGUUCUACGAGCUGAAUACGAUGGACCCCUUCGGCACAAAUCCCUGGAAACGGAGCGACAAGCAGCCAUUCGAAGGAACGUUUGAAGGCACCGUGAACCAACUCGCGGAGAUUACACGUCUGAUGGAUCCAGAUGCCAAGUUCUCAGAGCAGGCCUUUAUCUCCGACGCUGGCACUGCUUCUAUUGCCUCCUUUGACGUGAAACUAGUCAACAGUGCCAGUGUCCUUGGCCUGACAAUUCCAAAUUUACUCCCAGACGGAUACGGGCGUGUUUUCCAUCCCCAGAUAUUGCUGCACGAGCUCAUUGCCUCGCUGGUCAUCUAUGAAAUGGUCAAUAAGAACGAGCAAGAUCAUGGGUUUCCUGCAAUCCCCGAGACGUUGACCUUGGACUCGUGCCCCAGCUAUGGGAAUAAUAAUGGGGCUGGGGACGGCCAACAAAUCGCCUUAGCAUCGUACGUCAAUCCGCUCGCGGACCCAGUCGCUUGGGACCGCAUGAUUGCCUACCCAUCAAGCAAGGUGAGUGUCCUAGUCGCCAACGUCCUCAACGGCCCGGACACCACGGUGAAUGAGGAUUGGGCAAAGGUCAUCAACCGGGCCCAUACAUCGGGGAAACGAAUCCUUGGCUAUGUACGGACAGGGUAUCUAGGUCAAAGCCAGCAGGCCUUCGAGACCCGGCUUGGUUCGACCGACCUUGCCGACUGGGUCUCGCAGAUCCAAACUGACGUCGACUUGUGGUACCAGCUGUACCCCGGCAAGAUCGGCGGCAUCUUCUUCGACGAGGGAUGGAACGAUUGUGGGCCAGACAAUCUGUAUGCAGAUUUGUAUCGUUUUAUUACCGAUGCUACGAAGCGAAAACACCCCGGAGCUUUUACCGUGCUUAAUCCCGGUGCUACAAUGCCACAGUGCUUUGAGCAUAGUGCCGACACGCUCAUGACAUUUGAGCAGAGCUACGACACGUACAUGAACAACUACGUCCCCAACCCUGGCUGGACACCCAAGGACCCGCGCAAGCUCUGGCAUAUUAUCUACGGCGUACCGGAGGCGGACGCGGGAAAGGUCGCCGCGCUGGCCCUAAAGCGCGGAGCCGGCCUUAUCCACAUUACGAAUGACCUUCUCCCCAACCCGUACGACACCCUACCCGAUGAAGCCUAUAUGAAAGCCAUUACGGACACAAUCAAGGGUGGUGGACCGGAUGUUGCAGAUCCCACCCCGUAUCCAGCCGGCGGCCAUGCUGCGUUUCCACCAGGCCCAUUAUUAGUGACCGCCUCUGACUAUUCCUCCGUGAGCCUCAAGUGGGAUAUCUCUAACAGAGAGCCCCCACACGCGUACGCGGUAUACCGCGAUGGGAACGAAGUUGCUCGCCUCCCGGGUACAAUGUCCCGGGUGACAAUCGGCAACAUCAGCCCAGGAUCCUCCAUGUCCUUCACCGUACGGGCUAUCGGGACGGACGGAAAGGAGACCGGAGAUUCGAAUUCCGUGGCUGCAACUACACAGAGCCUGCCCAAUAACCAGGCGGUAACGAACGUCAGAGUCAGCAAAUCUGCCACCUCCACCACUAUCCAGGCCGAUUUCCUCGUCCCAUACGCCUUUAUGCGCGUCUAUCUUACAGACCCGGACACGCACUGCCAAAUGCCAGCAUGGCCAAUCAACUUCAACGCCGGGAACUUCAUCUGCACGCACUACAUGGUCGAGAAUGAGGUCCUGUACGAGUAUAGUGGUGCCAACUUAACAGAAGGACAAACCAACUACCCCUGGGCGUGGUCCUCGAAAGGCGCCGCCCCAGUCAAACGUGACGGCUAUACCUUCACGUGGACUCUCCCCGUCGGCACCGACACCACCGACUCUAGCUAUUUCUCCGUCCAGGCUCAGGGCUACGGGCCGCUGACGAACGUCUUCCACCCGUGCCCGAGCGAAUGGCAUGAUAGCACGGCAGGUGCCGGGGCCUUCUGCACCGGGUCGUCACCAUACGACUGCAAAGGCGAGACGCUCUGCAGUACCACCAACGUCAAGUGGUGCGACAAGGCAGUCAACCAGAUGAACCGCGGCCAAACGAUUUACACAUCCAAUGCAGAGGCACUCGCUCUGUCCGGGAACUGCUGGGCAAAUAACGCGGGAUUCGGAUGCUCCGUGAAAAUCCGAGGCACGGAUCAGAAUGGGAACAAUUGUAAGAUCACUGGGGACGAGAUGUGGGAGGCCUACCAGGAUAUCCGCAAUAUUGGGGGCUGUGGAAAGUGCGGGACCAAGCACUUUGGGAAUGGAUGUAUGGUCAGCGUCGACUAUUACUAUGGCUGUGAUAAUCGAGAUAAGGGCGUGCAGUUGAUGGCGGAUUUCGCUGAGACUAAUCUAACGGACUCUAUGUAG